AUGGAGCACCCUCCGCUCCAAAGGUCGUUGUCGAAGAGAGAGCGCCUUGCGGCGUUCUUCUGCUGCGGUGGUGCAACCGCCGCUGCGCCCCGCGAGCCCAAAUCACAGCAGCGGCGCCCACACCGGCGGCGCCGGUCGCUCCAGGCGCCGCAGAAGCUGCCCUCCUGGCAGAGCUCCGGAGGCGAGCCCUGCCACGUCUCCAUCCUAUCUG